AUGACCAACGCAAGAGUAAGGAAAGGAAUAUCCUAUGUUAUUGGUGAUAACAAUGACAAAGAGAACCAUAUAUUGCCCAUUAAUGCUAUGGAAUACAGUCAAAGUCGGAAUCAGUUGUUCACAGGAGGAAGAGAUGGUAUUAUAAAGAUCUGGGAUAGCGAUAGUGAUAAACCCAACGGUUAUGAUAUCAAUGGGAACCAAAGUAAUGGUAAUGAUGGAGAUGUUACUGGGGAUAUAAAUGAAAGGAUCUUGAAACUAGAAACUUCCAUAUCGUCCAAUCCAUUGACUUUCAAUAAGAUUAAUCAUAGUUUCGAUGUUACCAAUAAGAACUAUGACCUUCAUUUCGAUUGGAUCAAUGACUUGAAACUUGUUAAUAACGAUAAUGAUUUAGUGUCAUGUUCAUCGGAUUUAUCCCUUAAAAUCACCAAUUUGAACGAUAACAAUACGUCGAAGUUUGAAAAUAUCCACACUGAUUAUGUGAAGAAAUUGUCUCAUUUCAAAGAUCAGGAUUUGAUUUUGAGUGGAGGUUUAGACGGAAAGAUCGUUUUAUGGGAUUUGAAUCAAUUAAAGAGUGUGAAUGUCAUCAAGAACCACAAUAAUAUCAAUAGUUCCAACUCCAUCUAUUCUUUGGCCAAUAAUAACUAUAAUUUGAUCAGUGCUGGAGGUCCUAACAAUAUCAUCAACUUAUUCGAUAAAAGAUUGGACAAUCCAUAUGUUAAGAAAUUAAUAGGUCAUCAGAACAAUGUGAGAUGCUUACUUAUGAACGAUAACUUCAUUUUAUCUGGUUCAUCUGAUUGUACCAUAAAAUUAUGGGAUUUGAGAAAUUCAAAGAUAUUGAAGAAUUUCACCAUUCAUGAUGAUCCCGUUUGGUGUUUACAUUCAGCAAGUGAUGAAUUCAGUACAUUUUAUUCUGCUGAUAAAUCUGGAACUAUCAUUAAAACUGAUUUAUCUCAUUUACCAGGAGAUUUACUUGAUAAUAAUACUAUUUCUACAGAGAAUUUCGGGUUAUCGACAUUUGUAGCUAAAUCUUCAAGUUCAAUUUUGGCUUUGACCAUUGAAAAUGAUUCAAUUUUUGCUUCUACAGAUAUGUCUUUGGAUAGAUAUCAAGUUCCUAAUACUGAUAAUUUAGCCAACUAUCAAUAUUAUAAAAGUCUUAAUGAUGUACCUAUUGAAGUGGUUGAAAAAGAUGAAGAUUUGAAUUCAGAAAUCUAUGAUCUUGUAAGUCAUAUGUCUGUGGAUAGUAAUUAUGAAUUACAAUCCAAUUUCUCUCAUAAUACUGCUGAUAAAGGUGAUGAUAAUGAAUAUGAAUCAAUGUUUCUUGAUGUCAAUGGAGGUUGUUCUAGGGAUUUUGUUAAUGUUGAUAAAGGUACUCCACAAGACGAUGAUUUUGUUGAUUUAACACCAGUAGAGAUUUUAUUAAACCCUGUUUCUUCAGAACAAGUGAGUUUAAUCCCUUUUAAUAAGAAACCAUUGGAAAGUUAUGGACUUACACCCAAAAGUGUUAUUGCCAAAAGAUUGUUUAAUAACAAAAGAACCAUGUUAGUACUCUAUCUCAAUGGAGAUAUUGCUAUUUGGGAUUUAUUCAUAUGUAAGAAGAUUAAGAGUUUCCCUUAUAAUACGGAGAAAUUGGAUUCACUUGUUACUAAUGAAAUGAUCAAAAAGAGAAUCAAAGAUAUGGAUGAUAUCUUCCAACAGUAUCAAACCACUGAUACGUUGAAUAAUUGGUGUGAAGUUGAAAUCAAAUCAGGGAAACUUCUAGUAACUAUAACAGAAACUAACUUCAAUAAUAUAGAAAUUUAUUAUGAUGAAUUGAUUGAAAGUUAUCCAUUCUUGCAAUAUGAAAAAGAUCAAGAUGCUGUUAAGAACACCAAGGUCAAAGUUAAUGGAGAUGAUAGAUUACAAGUAUCGAGAAUAUUUUUGAAUUCCAUAUUCCGGAAUUAUUCUUUAUUUGAAUGGAAAUUUGAUGGUCAAUUAAGAGAAGAGUUAAGAGUUCAACAUCAGAAGAAAGUUCCUGAUGGAGCUUUCAAAAAAAUGUUUUCAAGGAAAUCUUCAUCAAAUGGUAUACCCACAUUGAAAAGAGUUGGUAGUAGAAGUAGUGGUAUCAAUAGUACUAAUAUCAGUGUUAGUAGUCAGAAUAAUAGUGCUGUAAACAGUACUAACAUCAGUAUCAAUGAACUUGAAUCACCUAUUCAUGAGUUUAUCAACUCAACUGAAGAUGUUGAUGAUGAUUCCAUAAAUCAUAUCUUGAAUGAUAAUAAACAUAAAUAUUUGGAAAAAUUGACUGUAUCUUCAAAAUUACCUGAUACCAACUUGAAGCUUUAUACCAAUAAUUAUGAUCAUGUUAAGAAUUACUAUUCAAGUGAGGAAUUCUUACCUUAUAAACCUGUUAUACCAUUCGAUGAACUACCAUCCAAUUUAUUAAUCAUUAUAUUUGAAAAUUCUUCUGAUUUAGGAAAUUUAAGAGAUUUAUUCAGUUUCAGAUUAAGUGACCUUUCAGAUGCUUCCAACUUAGAAGAUAAUUAUCAAUUGAUAAAGAAUUUAAGAAGUUUCUUGCCAAAAUGGAUUGGUCAACCGAUUUUACUAGAUAAAUUCCCAAUCAAAGAAUCACCUAAAAUUGCCUUCCAAUUACUUGAACUUGAUUAUACUACUUUACCUCCAGAAAAGAAAAUUCAUGGUAAAUCUCAAAGAAAGAUCAAACGUUUACCAGUACUUGAAAGUUCCAUCAAAUUAACUAGUCAUAAUAUGCUUCGAGUAGGUAAAAUCUUAACUUAUUUGACAGAAAAGUUCGAAAGUAGAACCAGUGAAAUGAAAGAUAAACUUCCUGCCACCGAUUGGUUAGUCUUAGAAUGUAAGGGACAAGAGUUAUCCAAUAAUAUGACUUUACAAACCAUUAAGACGAAGAUUUGGAAAUCUAGUAGUGAUAUUGAAUUGAAAUUCAGAAGGAAAUAUGAUAAAUAG